AAGAGGGCGCUCAUGAACAUACCAGUUUCAUUCAUCUAUUUGUAAAGUAAUUUCCUCUUGCACUUUCGCCUGCUGUCUCUUUUCCGGUCUUUCCGGCAAGCGCAGGUCGCCGCGGUUUAAACAAUGGCUAUCAAGCCAUUGAAGACCGUUCCCCGCAUCAAAAAGCGGGUGAAGAAGUUCAUCCGCCACCAGAGUGACCGAUAUGUGAAGCUGAAGCCCAACUGGAGGAAGCCGAAAGGUAUUGACAACCGGGUGAGGCGGCGCUUCAAGGGCCAGUACUUGAUGCCCAACAUCGGUUAUGGAAGCAACAAGAAGACCAAGCACAUCCUGCCCAACGGCUUCCGCAAAGUUCUCGUUCACAACAUGAGGGAACUGGAGAUGCUGAUGAUGAUGAACAGGCGGUACUGUGCUGAGAUUGCGCAUGGCGUGUCCUCCAAGAAGCGCAAGACACUCGUUGAACGUGCUCAGCAGCUUUCCAUCAGGGUGACAAAUGCCAACGCAAGGCUCCGCUCCGAAGAGAACGAAUAAACAUUCACCCAUUUCA